AUGACGGGAAAUUAUUUAGUGGAUAUUCCACCCAGAGUCAACGGAAGCGACGAGACGCGUCCGAAAGCGCACAUUGAUGAAAGUACAUACCCUAUCUUGCAUCAGCGUUCAAUCCAUGACAACGAUGCAUUUUGGGCCGAUGAAGCGAACAGAAUGAUUUCAUGGUUCGUCCCAUUCAAGACCGUUCAGUAUGGGACCUUUGACCGCGGGAACAUUGCGUGGUUUGUCGAAGGCCAGUUGAAUGCCUCGUACAACCUCGUAGACCGCUGGGCAUUUGAACGUCCCAACGACACUGCUAUUAUUUGGGAGUCUGAUGAGCCUGGCAACGAUGUCAAAAUUAGCUUCAGUGAGCUUCUUGAACGCGUUUGCCAAGUGGCAGGCGUUCUUCAGUCUAUGGGCGUAAAAAAGGGUGAUAUUGUCAUUAUAUAUAUGCCCAUGAUUCCUGAUGCGGUGGUCAGUAUGUUGGCUUGCAGUCGCAUCGGUGCUGUCCACUCUGUUGUGUUUGCUGGUUUCAGCUCUGAAUCGCUCCGUGACCGUAUUCAGGACUGCCGCGCGCGCAUUGUCAUGACAUCAGACGAGGGUCGUCGUGGUGGCCGCACUAUCGCGACCAAGUCGAUUGUGGAUGCGGCUUUGAAAGAAUGCGACAGCGUAGAACAUGUGCUGGUUUCGAAGCGCACGGGGGCAGUUGAUGUGCCUUGGGUCGAUGGACGUGACCAAUGGCUGAAUGAACUUGCUGUGCGACAGCGAACGUACCUGCCACCUGUAAUGGUGAACAGCGAAGACCCGCUCUUCGUGCUGUAUACGUCGGGCUCUACAGGAAAACCAAAGGGCGUUGUGCACACAACAGCUGGCUAUUUGCUCGGAGCAGGCCUGUCUGUGAAGCAUGUGUUCGAUGUUCACCCCGGCGAUCGGUUUGGAUGCAUGGCGGAUAUUGGUUGGAUCACCGGUCACACGUACAUUGUUUACGGACCACUGAUGAAUGGCACGACCACUCUCCUUUUUGAGUCGACUCCUAUGUACCCCACGCCAUCGCGUUACUGGGAGGUGGUCGACCGACACGAGCUCACGCAAUUCUAUACGGCCCCCACAUCGAUUCGCAUGCUGCGUCGCAUGGGUGCGGAGCACGUCGAAAAGUAUGAUCUAAGCUCUUUACGUGUCUUAGGUACAGUGGGUGAGCCCAUCAACCCUGAAGCUUGGCACUGGUACAAUGACGUAGUCGGUCGCAAGCACUGUGCUAUCGUCGACACGUACUGGAUGACUGAAGGUGGCUCGCACAUGAUCACGACUCUGCCUGGUGCUAUUAAGAGUAAGCCAGGUGCAGCAAGUAAGCCGUUUUGGGGACUGGAGCCCGUCCUACUUGACUCACAGACAGGCGCUGUGCUUGAAGGUUUCGACGUCGAGGGCGUUUUGGCCAUGAGCAAGCCUUGGCCAUCGCUCGCACGCACCAUCUUGAAUGACCAUGGGCGUUUCCUAGACACGUAUAUGCGUCCAUACCCGGGCUACUUCUUCACAGGCGACAGUGCAUACCGCGAUCAUGAUGGCUAUAUCUGGAUCCGCGGUCGUGUGGACGACGUUAUCAACGUCUCAGGCCACCGCAUGUCGACAUCGGAAAUUGAGUCGGCACUUAUACUGCACCCAGGUGUAGCAGAAGCGGCAGCGGUCGGAGCACCGGACGAAGUGACCGGCCAGUCGAUCACAGCCUUUGUGGCUCUCAAGCCUGACUAUUUGGGCAAUACUGCUGAGGAUCUGACCAAGGAGCUUGUCAUGCAGGUUCGCCGAGCCAUCGGUCCCUUUGCCACACCAAAGCGGAUCAUGUGCGUCAGAGACCUGCCCAAGACACGCAGCGGAAAAAUUGUGCGCCGUGUCUUGCGCAAAAUCGUGUGCAACGAGGCCGACCAGCUUGGCGAUCUGUCCACGUUACAGGACCCUUCCAUCUUGGAUCAUCUGCUGAGCGUGUUUAAUGAGGACACAGCCAAUGCAAAGUAG